UUUGUCUUGUGACAACAUUCUUCAGAAGUCAUGACCUACGUUAAGGUCACCUAGUUCGCCAAUUCCAGUUUUCACUUUCAGUUCUUCGUCAUCUCACCACGAAGAUGGUUCAGACCGUCAUUAUUGUCGCCCUAACGAUUCUCGCUUGCGCGAGUUCACAUUCGAAGCAACGUUACGAGUGCAAUGGAAAAAUUGCGCUGGUAACCGGAGGGACCCGAGGGAUCGGCUUGAGCAUCACCAGCGAGCUUUUGAAAAAUGGGGUUAAGGGAGUUACGAUGGUCGGCGUUAAUGCGGAUAAGGGCAAGGAAGCCGUGGCGGCACUUAGCGAGAAGUUCGGCCAGGGAAGGGUGAUCUCUUUGAUAGCGGACGUAAGCAAUGAAAAGCAAUUUGAGGAGGCGUUCAAAGCCUCAAUCGUCCACUGGGGAGGUUUGGAUAUUGUUAUUAACAACGCUGGGGUUGUUAAUGAAAACAACCCGGUUCCACUGACGAAUGUUAACGCUAUUGGAGUAAUGCAUGGAACGCUCCUGGGGAUGAGACACAUGAGUGUUGCAAAAGGGGGACGUGGAGGGGUGGUGAUUAAUCUAUCUUCAAUUUACGGCAUCGACCAUUUAUUCGCGUCACCAGUGUACAGCGCUACCAAAGCCUACGUCUUGGGAUUGGGGCGAGCUUUUGGCCACCAGACUUAUUACGACCACAACAAAGUUCGUAUUUUAACACUUUGCCCAGGACUCACCAAGACAGACUUGCUAUCCGAGGUGCCUUUCAAGAACGGCAUUUCCAAUGAGUUCAACCCAGAUCUGAAGGAAGUUGCCUAUGGAUCAGUCGAGAAAUCUUUUCUACAAACGCCUGAUAAUCUCGGCAGAGCCGUAAUUGUGAUGCUGAAGCAAGCGGCCAGUGGUAGCGUGUGGGUUGCCGAAGAUGAGCAGCCACCCUAUGAGGUUGAAAUUCCGGAACGAAAAGCUAUGAAGAAACAAAAGGCAUCUCAUUUCCUCUAGAAUGUUAUAUUACCAUACUGUUUUGCAAUGUAACCUGUAUAGUUAUCGUAUGGAAGGCGUACCUUAGAAAUGCCACCAACAAUUACAGUUUUACGCUAA